AUCGGACAGAUUCUGAUGUCUUGGCGUCUAAAUGGACGUUUUACACGGAAGAGAGCGAGCGGAGAAUGGUGUUAGUGAUCGCCAACGAAACCAGAGGAGCUUUUGCGGAUUGCUACAUUUAUGCUGACAAGCUUUUAAUCAAAGAAGCUCUAGAAGCCAUCCCAGAAGCAGGUAUCAUGACAGUGGACCCCAAAUCUUUAAGCUCCAUGAUUAACUUUUGCAAUUAUGUUAAAGGACCAGACUCUCCUAUAAAAGGAGAAGGCGCUGACGUUUGGGGAAGAUUUGGAGUAUUCAGUGGCUUUUUCAUUUAUCCAGGUACGAAAUGGUGUGGUGCGGGUAACAUAUCUGACAGCUACGACGAUUUAGGUCCGGAAGUCGAAGCUGAUAUGUGUUGCAGAACGCAUGAUCAUUGCGAAGACAACAUUGAAGGCUUCGAAUCCAAACAUGGACUCAGGAAUUCGUCUCCCUUCACAAAAUCUCACUGUGACUGCGAUGAUGAGUUUCACCGUUGCUUGAACGAAGCCAACACUCGAGCUUCAAAUCGAAUUGGAAAAAUAUUCUUUAACUAUUUGCAAAUGAACUGCUUCAAGGAAGACCAUCCUAUCAUAGGAUGUGCAAGACGCAUUGGGCGCAUCCGUCGCCGCUGUCAAGAGUAUGAGCUGGACGAAAACGAACCACCUGUCUGGCAAUUUUUCGAUGCUAAAGAGUACGUGCCAAUUGAUGACGAAGACGAGGAAGACAACGAAAUCGAAGACGAAAUGCACAUGGAUGUUUUCGCAUACAUGUUACAUCUGGAAGAAAAAGAAGUUUACCGUGUGACGAAUAAAAUAAAAUAAGUAAAAACUACAUUAGUGGCGAUUUUUUCCCAAUAUUCUUGAAAGUAUAUUUCACAUUGGGCCUGUACCUCUUCGAAAACUUUUUGCAGAAGUAUUUGUACGAUUGCACGCAUGCGAAGAAGGAUUAUCAUCAUGCUUUUGACCGGCACACAGUGUUUCGAUUAAUACAAGCUAGGUAAAUAAGUUCAAAAUUCAUCACACAAAAAU